UCUCUCAUUCACCCAAAAAAAACAAAUUUUUACAUCUAAAAAAAAAAAUCAAAACUUUUUUACUUUCUCUGGAUCCUCUUCUUCAAGCUCCAAGGCCAUUUAGGGUUUAUCUGAGGCUCUCUAAAUUGAUUCACCCAAAUUUUUUAAUUUUAUUUCUCAGCAAGCAAGCAAGCUUUUCUUCUUCUUCUUCUUCUUCUUCUUCUUCUUCUUCAUCUUUUGGGUAAGAAGCCCUUCUCUUCCUUUAAAGUUUUCGUUAGCCUUUACCUUUUUUUUUGCUUCUGCACGCCUUCAUUUGCACUUUUUUUUUUUUUUUUUAAGUUCUUCUGAAACUCUCUCUUUGAUUGCUUUUUCAUGAGAUUUGGGGACCGUAUUCAGGGGUUAUUUUAGUGGGCUUCUCUGAAGAUUUUCGUAUUUUUUUUUUUUUUAUUCUGACCUUUCAUUAUCUAUAUGUGGUCACUUGUGAGUCUUUGCAGUUUCAACUCAAAACAUUUAGGUUUUAGUUUUUUUUUUCAAUUUGUUUUUCUGGGUUUGCUUUUAGCUUAUCUUCUUUGUUUCACGCAUUGGCUCUCUCUCUCUAUCUCUCUGAUUUGACAUUUGUGAUUUGUUUGUGGGGUUUUUUGUUAAGAAAAAAAAAAAAAACAUUGCUACAUUUAGCUGGGUUAAAUGGAAUCUUCUUCACUCAUGCUUCACCAGCUACACUGUUCUUUGUUUCCCAGUAAAUUUUUAAGUUUUUUGAGAUCUGUUGUUACUUAAUCGAUUCCUUAUUCCUCAUAGUUGUUAGAUCUCUUAACCUCACUCCAAGCUUUCUACUUUACGCGGUUUGAUUUAUUAAAUUCGUAAACUUUUGUUCUGGUAACUGUGUGAUUGUGUUUCCAUCCCAGAAGUUAAGAAACGGAUCAUAGAAAGAUGAAUAACUCGGUGCUGCUUUGAUUUUCUCAAGGGAUUUUAGUUACUGUAUAAGCUCUGUUUUGCAAUGGGAUCGUUUGGAGGCGCUUGUGAAAUUGUGGAAGAGAAGGAUGAUGAAGUAAGGUUGCCAAAACAUUCCGGGAGAUAUGGUAAAUCGGUUAUGGGAUCAUCUAGUAAAGAUUCGGAGCGGAAGCCACGAGAGUAUCAUGGCUCUCUUGAGUAUGAUAUUGAUAAGCUUUUUCAGUCUAUUUCUGUGAAACCAUCAACGAGGUUGAUGAGUUCUUCUUUCCAUAAUCAUGAGACGAGCGCAAGUGCCGGUCCAAGCAGGACUACAAGCCCUUCCAAGAGAAUUGCUUCCAUGAAAAAACCUGGCACACCUCAGUCGCCUAGAGUUUUUGGUCUCUCUGAUUCGGUUUCUUUGAAGCAGGCUUUGAGGGAUCGUUGCAUUUCCAAGGCGUCGGAAAUGGCUGCUCAGAAACGGUUGUCGAAAUCAGCUGCUGCUUCUCCGAGGGUGUCAGAAGCAGACAGGAUAAAGAGUUUGUAUGACCAAGUUUCGAAUGAAUCUACUAGCAGCAGGUCUGUGCUUGUUCCUGGGGACAAGGGUAAAGGAAGUUUGGUUGAGAAACCUCUGAUGCCGUUAAAUGAUAAACCAAGCUCUUCAAAGAGCGUGGCUCAGCGGUUUGAAGAGCCUGCUAACCCCAUUUCUGAGCCAUCUCAAGAUGGAAUCAGUUUGAGAUUACAAGGAGUGGAAAAUCAAAUGCGGGAGAUUAAGCUGUUGCAUAAAUCCAACAAAUCUGGGUCUUGUCUUAGUUCUGGCAGUGGAGAUUAUGAGAUAGAGAUAGAUGAAAACGUUCCGUCUCCUUCCACUCAUGCGUUUGUUCAAGAUGUGAUAGAAAUAGACAAACAUGUUACCUCACUGCCUUCUCAUUCUAGCAAGAAAGUUAAUGCGACAGAGCUCGACAAGAAUAUUCCCUCAUCUGCUUUAGACUCAGAGCAGAAAGGGAAGUUGGAUGAUGCACCUAGUUCAGGGACAGAGAAGAGCAAAACAGUACGAAAGAUGAUUCCACAUCCCAAACAACCCAAAAAGAAGAUUUUGCUUAAGAAGAAGUUAAAAAUCGGGUUGGUUUCAGCAACUUACCCGACAAAAAACGAUGAAGAAAUUGUUCCUUCCAUAAAUUCUAGUGCCAAUCAACUUCUCUGCCAGAGAUGUCACUGUUCGUUGAAGAGCACCAGUAUUGAUAACCACCCACCCUCAUAUACUGCUAGUCAUAAUCCUGAGAUUUGCUCAGAAAGUUUGAGCUCUGUUUCAAAUAAUGUUGGUAAAGAAGCUCAUCAAGUAUCUGACGGGAACUCCUCUGGUUCUUGUAAUGUCAGUCAAAGCUCUGAAGCUGAGAUUGUCAUCAUGAAACAAGAUUUUUCCUCGAGCAAUAACAGUGGAAACGGUGCAAUGCACGAAAAGGAAAGAGAGAAUCCAACUUCAAGUGAGAAAUUCGAGUUUUCAUUGAGUUCAAAAGAUAGUCUUGGGGAUUAUAGCAGGAGCACAAGCAUGAGCGAGGAAAGCAAUCUGAGCCGAUUUAGCUGCGGGAAUAAGCCUCACAUGUCGAUGGAUGUGAGAUGGGAAGCGAUUAAGCAUGUGAAGGUUCAAUACGGCUCUAUGGGUUUACGACACUUCAACCUUUUGAAGAAACUCGGUUGUGGAGAUAUAGGAACAGUCUAUCUCGCCGAGCUGAUUGGUACAAACUGUUUGUUUGCCAUAAAGGUCAUGGACAACGAGUUCUUGGCAAGAAGGAAAAAGUCUCCACGGGCACAAGCAGAAAGAGAAAUACUUAAAAUGUUGGACCAUCCUUUUCUUCCUACAUUAUACGCUCAAUUUACUUCGGAUAAUUUGUCUUGUCUAGUCAUGGAGUAUUGUCCUGGAGGAGAUCUUCAUGUCCUCAGACAGAAGCAGCUAGGCCGUUGUUUCCCUGAACCUGCAGCAAGAUUCUAUGUUGCUGAGAUUCUCCUUGCAUUGGAGUAUUUACACAUGCUUGGUAUCAUAUACCGAGAUCUGAAACCGGAGAACAUUCUUGUCCGUGAAGAUGGACACAUUAUGCUUACGGAUUUCGACCUCUCACUUCGUUGUGCUGUGAACCCGACUCUUCUCAGGUCAAAUUCUCCGCCUGGUAAAGAUCCGGCAAGGAUUUCAGGUCCAUACAACACAUCCAACUGUAUACAACCAUUCUGUAUCAGCGAACCAUCUUGCCAGGUUUCUUGUUUCAGCCCUAGGCUCUCCUCAAACCAACAACAAGGUAGAAAACAAAAGAAGGCCGAUCAUCUUUCGAAAAGUCAACAACAGUUAAAGAGAUCAUUGCCUCAGCUCGUGGCUGAACCAACUGAAGCAAGAUCCAAUUCUUUUGUGGGAACACACGAGUACUUAGCCCCAGAGAUCAUUAAAGGAGAAGGACACGGCGCUGCGGUUGACUGGUGGACUUUCGGGGUUCUCCUUUACGAGCUUCUGUAUGGGAAAACACCUUUCAAAGGUUACAACAACGACGAGACGUUGGCCAAUGUCGUGUUGCAGAACCUCAAGUUUCCAGAUAGUCCGCUUGUGAGCUUCCAGGCAAAGGAUUUGAUCAGAGGGCUUCUGGUUAAAGAACCAGAGAACCGGCUUGGAUCAGAGAAAGGAUCUGCAGAGAUCAAAAGACAUCCUUUCUUUGAAGGAUUGAACUGGGCUCUGAUCCGCUGUGCAAUCCCGCCUGAGCUGCCAGAUUUCUAUGAGUAUGGUGGUGGAGCGGAAGCAGCUGCAGAUUCUCCUGGAGGCAGUGAUAGUAAGUAUCUUGAAUGUAAAGCCAUAGGCGAUCAUCUUGAGUUCGAGUUGUUUUAAGCAAGACAGAGAAAAUUUUCUGGUAAAAGUUUCAGAGUAAACGUUGUUGUAAGUUUAUAUCUAAGUUAAAGUCUAAAUGUCUAAUAUGUAAAUUUAGCUCUCUGAGACAUAAUCUCAUAUAUUCACCAGCUUUAGUCUCCAAAUUAUAUAUAUACUCAUUCUAGUUU